UUUCAGGUGACAGGUGAUGAUAAAAAAUAUUGUUUUAUCUUUUAUGAUGCUGCGCCUUUCCUGUCACACUUUCAAAGACACUCAUAUUCCAAAGACACUCUGCCUUUCUGUGCUGUUAUUAACCACUUCACUAAUGCUUUCCUAUUAGUGUGCUAUUCUAAUGUUGCUCAACUAGAUGGCAGUAGAAACCACACUGACGUCGGAAGUGGCAGGUGACGUUGCGAAUACAAAACAAUAUUCGUAACGUAAUAAAAUGUUCGUAACUUAACCAAUUGAUAAAACCCAUAUUAUAGUUAUUACAGAAAAUUGAAAUGAAUUGAUGGCUAAAAUAUGUUUAUAUUUUAUUUUGAUAGUAAAUAAACAGACGAGCCCAUUUUGAUUGAUGCUGCUCUUGUCCAAUAAGAUUUCUGCGAUUUCCUUGCCUUCUCACUGAAACCAAUCAUCUUUGCACACCAACAUCCCCCGUCAUGUGACGUUGACUCGUGACUUUCCAAUUGCACGUACAGUACGUGCUGUCCCAGUGAGGCAUUCAACCGGAAAAGAGAAAGUGUAGCUUUCAAAAAUAAUUUGGCGUGAACUUCAAAUAAAUGCUACUGUAUUUAAGUAGUCAUAAUGCUAACAUUAUAAGAUUAUGUGUCGUUUACUGUAGCCGUGUUGUAUGUAUUAUACGUUUGGAAUCCACAACACCUGCACUUCCGCAUUAAUAAUUUAUUUUGAAACAUCUUAAACGGAUGUUGCACAGUGACUACCACUUGACCUAGCAUCUGACAGCUCGGAAUUGAUGAACAAUGUAGUUCCAGGAAGCUCCAUUGCGAUAUAAUUGUCCCCGUCUCUCCGCCAUAAACCCGUAUGGACACGAAGUCUUCUCCUCGCCCAGUGUCCUCCGGGCCGAGACGGAUGUCCUCGCCGCUGAGACAGAACCGUCUACAGCGAGCGUUCGCUUGUCAACAAUACCAGGAAUGAAUGGUGGCUGUGUGCGGUGUUGCACAUCAACAAUAACGCGUCAAAAUGAGGCUUUUCUUGUCGCUGCUGAAGAACACCAACCCCAAAGUGGAGUACUACUCCAGGUUCUCCCCGUCCCCUCUCUCCAUAAAGCAGUUUUUGGAUUUUGGCAGGGAGAAUGCAUGUGAGAAAACGUCCUACAUGUUCCUGCGCAAGGAGCUGCCGGUGCGUCUCGCCAACACCAUGCGAGAGGUCAACCUGCUGCCCGAUAAACUACUCAGCCAGCCGUCCAUCCGCCUGGUUCAGAAAUGGUCAUCCGCCUUUUCAUUUCUAUACGACAGCCGGUUGAUACUUUUUAUGAUACGAAUUUGCCCUUUUGCCCGUUUUAUUAGGUACAUGCAGAGCUUUGUGGAGCUGCUGGAUUACGAGAACAGAAAGCCGGAGGAUCCUCACGCUCUCAAUGACUUCCUGGAGCUGCUGAUCGAGAUCCGUAACCGCCACAACGACGUGGUUCCCACCAUGGCGCAGGGCGUCAUCGAGUACAAGGAGAAGUUUGGCUUCGACCCCUUCGUCAGCAGCAACAUCCAGUACUUCCUGGACCGCUUCUACACCAACCGCAUCUCCUUCCGCAUGCUCAUCAACCAGCACACGCUCCUGUUUGGUAACGACACCAACCCGGCUCAUCCCAAACACAUCGGCAGCAUCGACCCCAACUGUUGCGUGGCGGAAGUCGUCAGCGGUGAGUUGAAGGUUGGCGUUUUUGGUCCAUACCCGGGGGGGACCCGGUCACGUUGUCUUGUGCUUCCUCCGUCAGAUGCCUACGACACGGCCAAGAUGCUGUGUGAGAAAUACUACCUGGCUGCUCCUGAGCUCCGCAUUGAAGAGUUUGACAUGAAGAACCCUACAAAGUCCAUCCAGGCCGUGUACGUGCCCUCGCAUCUCUUCCACAUGCUGUUCGAGCUCUUCAAGAACUCGAUGAGAGCCACAGUGGAGCUUCACGAGAACAGCAAAGAAGGAUUACCACCCGUGAAAGCAAAAGUCACUCUGGGGAACGAAGAUCUUUCAAUAAAGAUUAGUGACAGAGGAGGAGGGGUACCCUUGAGGAAGAUCGACCGCCUUUUUAACUACAUGUACUCCACCGCCCCGACGCCCAGCCUGGAGCCAGGCGCCGUCCCGCUGGCCGGUUUUGGCUACGGUUUACCCAUUUCCAGGCUCUACGCCCGAUACUUCCAGGGGGAUCUGAAGCUCUACUCCAUGGAGGGUGUGGGCACGGAUGCUGUCAUCUACCUGAAGGCCCUGUCGAGCGAGUCGUUUGAGCGCCUGCCCGUCUUCAACAAGUCGGCGUGGCGUCACUACACCACCAGCCCCGAAGCGGACGACUGGAGCAACCCGAGCAGAGAACCGCGGGACGCCAGCAAGUCCAAAUACAAAGCUAACAGAUAACUCAUCACGCCGCCUUGCUAGCGUACCAGCGUAUUUAACCUCUUCACUGUAACUCCCACUGUGUCUCAUGCGCCUGAAUGAGUCACGGGUAUCUCCGCUUUGUCAAAAGGGGUGUUUCUGCUUCUCCCUUUACAUCCACGAUUCAAGUUUCAGUGCCACUUGAGACCAGAUGCACGAGUAGGCCGGUGUAGUAGCAGUAGAGCUUUUUGUCGCCACUCCAUGACGGCCUUGAAUCAUCAAACCAUGAGGUCAAAGCCUUACUACUGGAUAUUAGGAUGGAGGUCUUAGGAUGUACACUUUCUAUGCGUUUGCCAUGCACCCAUCUUGCUCUUUCAGCUCAUGCAAAAGAGCAAAAGGACAGUAAUAAUGUACAGGCAGGAAUGUGUAGUGCUCAUUUUAUUAUUUCGGAGGCAAAAAAAGACGAAGGAACCUGGACAAAUGGACAACACACAUCUACUUGUUUCUUUUAACUACCCUAAAACCCGAAUAUAAGACAGUAUCGGGGGCAGUGUUUCCCAUGCAUUCAUUUCUUUGUGGUCGCCCGCCACGAAUACAUUUGCACCGCCACAAAUAGAUGUGGUGCUACCUCACGUUGGAAUGGAACGCUCUCUGCAGUAGACGGCAUCGUAACUCUGCUUCUUUACACACCGCAUACGCACUAGCGUUUUAGCGAGUAGUCAAGCGACUAGCGACAAAUGGGGCGGCUUUUUUCGGUCCUAUUGGACACUUUUGGCACUUUUUGUCAACAAGCAGCGUGUCCUGGUAUCCGUAUUGGCGUGGACAGGGCCUCAAAGCGCUACAUGCGGCUCCAUCUUGCUUGUGGCAUUAAAAAAACAGAAAAAGGUGCAUUUUAGCAAGUAUUCAAGCGACUAGCGACAAAUGUAGCGACUUUGUCUGGUCUUAUUGGACACUUUUGGAGACAUGAAAGAACGCAUGGCUCCUCUCAACGAGCAGUGGGUCCUGCUAUUUGUAUUCACAAUGGACACGGCCUCAAAGCACUCACAGGUGGCUCCAUCUUGCUUGUGGCAUUAAAAAAAAUAGAAAAAAUGUUUUAGCAAGUAUUCAAGCGACUAGCGACAAAUGGAGCGACUUUUUCUGGUCUUAUUGGACACUUUUAGAGACUAACAUUGAAGAACACAUGUGAGAGCCUCAAAGCACUCGCAGGCGGCUCCGUCUUGCUUGUAACAUUAAAAAAAAUCCAUAAAAGGUGCUUUUUAACAAGUAUUCUAGCAACUUGCAACAAAUGAAGUGACUUUUUCAGGGCUUAUUGAACACUUUUGGAGACUAACAUUAAAGAAGGUAUGGCUCUUCUCAACAAGCAGCGUGUCCUGGGAUCUGUAUUCAAAUGGACACCGCCUAAAAGCACUCACAGGUGGCUCCAGCUUGCUUGUGACAUUAAAAAAACACAUAAAAAGGUGCGUUUUAACGAGUAUUCUAGCAACUAGCAACAAAUGGAGCUACAUUUUCUGCUCUUAUUGGACACUUUUGGAGCCUAAAUCACAUGUGGCUCCAUCUUGCUUGUAACAUUUCAAAAAACAACAUAAAAAGAUGUGUUUUAACAAGUAUUUUAGCAACUAGCGACAAAUGGAGCUACUUUUUUGGGUCUUAUUGGACAUUUUUGGAGUCUAACAUGAAAGAACGUAUUGCUCUUCUCAACGAGCAGUGGGUCCUGCUAGCCAUAUUCGUGUGGACACGGCCUCAAAGCACUCACAGGUGGCUCCGUCUUGCUUGUGACAUAACAAAAAAUAGAAAAAAGCAUUUUAGCAAGUAUUCGAGCGACUUUUUCUGGUCUUAUUGGACACUUUUGGAGACUAACAUUCAAGAACGUAUGUGACUGCCUCAACGCACUCACAGGCGGCUCCGCCUUGCUUGUGAAAUUUUUAAAAAACACAAAAAGCUACGUUUUAGCGAGUAUUCAAGCAAAUAGUGAUAAAUGGAGCACCUUUUUCUGGCCUUAUUGGACACUUUGAGACAACAUGAAAGACAUGAAAGAAUGUAUGGCUCGCCUCAACGAGCAGCGAGAGGGUCCUGCUAACCGUAUUGGCAUGGAGCCGUCCUCAACAAGACUUGAUUUGCAAUCCUAAACAUUUUGUUUUUGCUCACUUUUAAUCUCUCCCAAAAAUGGCAUAAUGCAAAUAGAUGUCAUCUUGCAUACCGCAACCCAAUGCCACAGAUAGAUCGCAGUCCUAUGGGAAACAUAAUGCAUUAUAAUGCUCAUUUUAAGAUGACGGUGAUCUGUGUUGUCUUAUAUUCGGGUCGAUGUGGUAUUUUGCUCUUUAUACAGCAGUAAAACGAAUUUGGCAUCGACUGAAGCAAAUGGUGGACUUAACUGAAGACUGCUAACAUGAACAUUUAGGGAUUUUCCCCAAUAAUGAAAGCUUGGCAGAUGGAGAGCUUCCAUUAUGAAUAUACAGUAAGUGUUGUCAACCGUCUAUGGAACUAUGAAUAACGUGUUUGUUGUUUAUAUAUGCAGCCGGUGUGGGAGUGUUCGUUCCAGUUUCUCGCAGCUUCAAAAAUGAUGUAUUUAUAUGUAUGAAGUGUGAAGGGGGCCCCAUGCGGAGACGUGCAAUCAGAAACCAAAAAGGCAACCGGACAAAGAAGUCGUUCAGCAUGAGAUUAAUAGAUCUUUUCUCAACACUGGCAUUAAAAAAAAUGUACAUCUA